AACCGAGGCAUAGUGUUGCCCACAAACGUCACGAAAACUCCGUGUUCCGCGUGGCGUGAAAAGUAAUGUUGCGCCGCGCUAAUGUUACAGUAAAAUAGUGCAGGGUAUCACCGCUAUUGUGGCUGCCAUGCCGCGGCUUAGACUGCUCCAUUGGCGGCUUUUCGCUUUGUUCGUCUGCUAUUUUUCGUCGACGACCUCGCAAUGGGCUCCAAAUGUGUAUGAUACAAACCAAACUAACGUAUACGACCCGUAUUCAGAACAGGAUGUUAAAAGAUUUAACAGCGAAAACCGGUACGGUGUUUCCAAUCAAAGAGGAAAUUCGUCCAACUGCAUACCAAAAUGUUUUGCGGAAAAAGGAAGCAGAGGACCUCCAGGUACACCCGGAUUACCGGGCCCUCCAGGAAUGUUGGGAUUCCAAGGAAUCGAAGGACUUCCAGGUCCUAUGGGAGACAAGGGAGACAUCGGUCCUUUAGGGCCACGUGGUCCUAAGGGAGAUAGAGGCAAAAUGGGCAUGCCAGGAUUCCCAGGUAUCAAUGGUAUACCGGGACAAAUAGGACCAGCAGGAUUGCCAGGUAUUCCAGGUCUAGACGGUUGUAACGGAACUGAUGGUAAACCAGGUCUUCCCGGAUUAGAAGGCCCACCGGGCCCCCGCGGGUAUUCCGGUAUCCCGGGAGAAAAAGGUCUCAAAGGAGAACCCGCUCAUACAUCUAUAAACAACAAAGGACAAAAGGGAGAACCCGGUUUGGAUGGUAUUCAAGGUAUACCCGGAAGUCCCGGUAGCCCAGGGCCAAUAGGACCGCUAGGACCACAAGGUGAUGUGGGAUUGAAGGGAAAUAGAGGUUUUGUUGGACCAAAAGGAGAGAAAGGAAACAUGGGAAUUGCUUACGAAGGCCAAAAAGGAGAUAAAGGUUUUAAGGGAGAACGUGGUCCCCCUGGACCUCCCGUGUCAUAUUUUGAUCCAGCUAACGGUACAGUAGUCGGACCCAAAGGCGAACCCGGCGAAAAAGGCUAUUCGGGCGAACCUGGACCACCUGGUCUUAAAGGAGAACCGGGACUGAUCGGUGACCCAGGAAUACCAGGGGACGUUGGAGUUAAAGGAGAAAAGGGGUUGCAAGGACCACCCGGUAUAAGGGGUCGAGAUGGAUAUCCAGGACCACCUGGACCGGUUGGUUUGAAAGGUGACAGAGGAAGUGAAGGAUUGCCCGGAUUACCAGGUCGGUCUGGACUUAAAGGAGAACCAGGGAGAGACGGCCCAGCAGGAGCAAUUGGACUGCGAGGUCCUCCGGGACCCCCGGGAGGCGGAAAAGGUAGACCAGGUCCGCCAGGCCCUCAAGGACCGCGAGGUUAUCCUGGACAACCUGGCCCUAAAGGUUUAGAUGGCAUUGAUGGCACUCAAGGUCCUCCGGGACCUAUUGGUUACCCAGGAGGUCAAGGAAUACCUGGAUCGCCAGGUCCUGAAGGACUGGCUGGCGAUAAAGGAGCAAAAGGAGAACCUGGUCUAACAGGUUUCCCCGGAGAACCCGGUCCAAGAGGUUACAAUGGCGUACAGGGACCACCAGGACCACGCGGUUUUGCAGGGGAGAAGGGAUCUUCGAUUAUAGGACCUAAAGGAUUAGAUGGUCGUGACGGCAAAGACGGUGAAAGGGGAGAUAAGGGCGAACGUGGUUAUCAAGGUGAACGUGGAUCUCCAGGUGAUUCCCCUACUGGUAUUGUUGGACCACAGGGCGUCAUGGGACCUCCAGGAGAAAAAGGAGCAGACGGUAGACACGGAAUACCCGGUAUCCCAGGUCGAGACGGUCCCAAAGGUGACAUUGGCGGCCGUUGCUUGGGCUGUCGUCCAGGAGACAAAGGAGGCAAAGGAGAACCCGGCUUGUAUGGAAAUCCAGGAAUAAUGGGACCUCGAGGACAACCUGGCGAAAGAGGAUUCCCGGGCGAACCCGGUGCUGAUGGAUUAAUUGGACCUCCAGGUCAAAUUGGUGCACCUGGCUCCGAUGGUAUUAACGGGGAACCCGGAGUGCCUGGUGACAAAGGGGAGCCUGCUUUAGUGCCGGAGAACAUAGUACUAGACAGGAAAGGAGAAGCUGGACCGAGAGGAGAUCCAGGAAGAGAAGGACUACCAGGUCCACUUGGGCUUCAAGGACCUACAGGACCACAAGGCAUAGAAGGAACACCUGGUCAACCUGGUGAGAAAGGUGAUGCCGGAUUCCCAGGUUCCGAAGGAAUUCCAGGUCAACCGGGACAUCCAGGGACAAAGGGCGAAAAGGGUAUUAGUAUCAAGGGACACCAAGGAUAUCCUGGAAUACCGGGAGCGGAUGGAUUAAAAGGAGAUCCUGGGCGUAUUGGAUCUAAAGGAGAACCAGGUCACUGUGAAGUUAUGGAUCUUAUCAAGGGUGUCAAGGGUGAACCUGGAAACCAAGGACAGAAAGGUGAACCCGGUCCGCCUGGAACUGACGGCGAACCCGGAGACAAAGGAUUUACCGGACCAUCUGGACCAACAGGAACGCCUGGUCCUAGAGGCAUUCCAGGACCUGUCGGACCCAGAGGACUCCCUGGACCCCGAGGAGAAAAGGGAAAUACCGGAUCAAUGGGUUUCCCUGGUGAAGCCGGACGAGACGGAGAACGAGGAUUCCCCGGAAUGCCAGCGCCUAAAGGUGUCAAAGGAGAACCAGGAAUACCGGUCUUGGGACCAAAAGGAUCGAUCGGUCCCUCGGGAGAAAAGGGAGAAAAAGGACUUCAAGGCCCGUUCGGAAGACCUGGCGUGUCUGGAGAACCAGGUUUACCUGGUUUGCCAGGAGUGAAGGGAGAUCAAGGUGAACCCGGUUUAGAAGGCUUAACAGGUCAACUAGGACCGAAAGGAGAACCCGGACCGAUCGGACCAAUUGGUCCAAAAGGAUUUGACGGUCAACCCGGAGCUGAUGGCCAAAAAGGUGAACCCGGAUUGACCGGUGAGCCAGGAAGACCAGGAUUACAAGGGUUCCCAGGACCUAAAGGCGAUACCGGUUUGCCGGGUCCCGAAGGUCCAAAAGGAUUCCCUGGAUACAGAGGCUUCGCUGGUUUACCUGGAGCACCCGGAAUGGAUGGAAUACCCGGACAAAAGGGAGACAAAGGUGAUUCCGGACUACCAGGCCUUCCUGGAAUUUCAGGAAAUGAAGGCCUACCCGGGUUAACAGGAGAACGAGGUGAUAAGGGUGACGUUGGUUUCCCAGGACCACCAGGGGCAUUCGGAAUACGUGGACCAACAGGACCCAAAGGAGAUCGAGGUCCUAUUGGAUUCCAGGGAGUUAAAGGAGAGCCUGGUCCAGUAUCCGAAAAAGGACAAAAGGGAGAACCAGGUGAAUCUGGUCUCAGAGGCCCACAAGGCCUACCAGGACUCGAUGGUAUAUCUGGCGAAAAGGGAGAUAUGGGAUUCCCUGGUAUUGGCUUGCAAGGAUGGCCAGGACCAAAGGGAGAUGCCGGUACACCUGGUUUUAAUGGACAACCUGGAGUUGAUGGAGAUAAAGGAGUGCCAGGAGUACCUGGUGUACAAGGAAUGAAAGGAGAUAUUGGUCCUCGAGGUUUACCGGGAAUACCGGGACCACCAGGAAUGGACGGGUUGAAUGGUUUAGAAGGCAGUCCAGGAUAUCCGGGAGUUCCAGGAAUUAAAGGUGAUAAAGGAGAUGUUGGAUACCCUGGCAGACCUGGAUUGGACGGCAUGAAAGGAGAAAGGGGUUUGCCUGGAUUGACUGGACCUAUUGGGUUACCAGGACCAAUUGGAGAUAAAGGUGACCGAGGAUUACCUGGACCAGCAGUUGACAUUAAGGGUGAUAAGGGAGAACCCGGUCCACCUGGCUUAGGUGGACUGCCCGGUUUGCCUGGACCACCCGGUCUCGAAGGCUUCCCAGGUUUACAAGGAGAUAAAGGGGACAUGGGAAUAGCGGGACCAAGAGGUUAUGCUGGGCCUCCUGGACCAAAAGGCGAUAAAGGUGAAAUCGGUUAUCAAGGUCAACCUGGUUUGCCUGGAUUUACUGUAAAGGGAGAAAAAGGAUUACCGGGAUUAUUGGGAAAACACGGUAGAGACGGCACACCUGGUUUACAAGGCGAAAAAGGAGACAAAGGUCUACCAGGAUUACCAGGAUUGCCAGGAGCUGGCGGACCUGCAGGAUUACCAGGUCCACCAGGAGAUAUGGGACCUAUUGGACCACCUGGUUUCAUUGGACCACCUGGAGUGGACGGACUGCCAGGAGCACCAGGUUCGGAUGGAAUACCAGGAUCUUUAGGUCCUAAGGGAGAACCAGGACUUCCAGCUCCCUAUGCCGAAAAGGGCGACAAGGGUGAUUCAGGUCCACCAGGUUUACCCGGAUAUCCAGGCUCAAAGGGCGACAAAGGUGACAGAGGUUUCCCAGGUAUACCUGGAUUACCGGGCAUUGAAGGUUUGCCAGGCGAAAAGGGAUUGAGUGGCUUCCCAGGAAAGCCGGGUUCACCUGGAUUCAGUGGACCCAAGGGAGACAAGGGCGAAGCCGGUUACUCCCCACCACCAGGCCCCAAAGGAGAGCGAGGAUUACCUGGACCUCCGGGAUGGCCAGGAGAAAAGGGAGACCGUGGUCUUGACGGACUACCAGGAGUGCGUGGAAUUAAGGGAGAGAGAGGCAUACCUGGCUUGGAGGGACCGGUCGGUCCACCAGGUCUAGACGGCGAUAAAGGAGAACCAGGAUUGGAGGGAUUACCUGGCUUGCAAGGAGCACCUGGUCAUUCAGGUAACGACGGCCUUCCCGGUAGAGCUUGCGAAACUCAACCGGAUUACUCGACGGGUAUACUGUUAGUGAAACACAGCCAGAGCUCCACGAUACCCAAGUGCGAAGGCAACCACGUCAAAUUGUGGGACGGUUACAGUUUGCUGUACAUCGAAGGAAACGAGAAGUCGCACAACCAAGAUUUAGGUUUUGCCGGUUCCUGUAUUCGAAAGUUCUCCACUAUGCCGUUCUUGUUCUGUGACUUUAACAACGUAUGCAACUACGCCAGCAGGAAUGACAAGUCCUAUUGGCUCAGUACCAACGCACCGUUACCGAUGAUGCCGGUCGAAGAGUUCGAAAUAAAGAAUUACAUUUCAAGAUGUGUCGUGUGUGAAGCUCCUGCCAACGUGAUUGCCGUGCACAGUCAAGCAUUGACUGUGCCCGACUGUCCCAACGGAUGGGAAGGACUAUGGAUAGGUUUCAGUUUCGUAAUGCACACUGCCGCCGGCGCUGAAGGGGGCGGUCAGUCCCUAGCUAGUCCUGGUUCGUGUCUGGAAGAUUUCAGAGCAACGCCAUUCAUCGAGUGCAACGGAGCCCGUGGCACGUGUCAUUACUUUGCCAAUAAGUUGAGUUUCUGGUUGGCCACUAUCGACCCCGAUGAACAAUUUACCAGUCCACAGAGACAAACGCUGAAGAAGGACAUGACCCGCAGUCGCAUUAGUAGAUGCCAGGUGUGCAUACGCAGGACAUGAUUCCGUACAUUAGCGCCAACAUAAAUAUAGAACAGUCAUUUGAUUUUUUUAUGUAUAUUUUUAUUAAUUUUAUUUUACUAUUAUUACUAUUUUAUUAUUCAACAUAGAUUUUAGGCGCCUGAAUCGAUUUUGUAUUAUUUACAGGCAAUUGUGUUCUUAACAAUUAUUUUUAUUAAUACAUUUAAACGCAUUGUGUUCUUAUAUUUUUUAAUAAAACAUAACUUAAUUCGAA